CCGACGGUAGCGCUGGUAGUCGUCCUCCAUCUUGGCUGACAAGGGGUGCGGGUUAUUUACUCUGCGUGCAGAAAACACAACAAACUUAUUCAGUACACAAUUGUCACCUGCGGUCUUGAUUCAAUUAUUCAGAGGACUAGAGCGGUUUACCUUACACAUUCGAGAAGGUGGCGGUCGAGGUUUAUCGCGGGGAUGAGGUAAGAAUUCGCCGAUACGCCGAGCAGCAGCUCAAGCUCAUACUGUGCGGCUGGAAUGCUUUUACUAUACUACCUCCAUCUGUCGCCUGUACCAUUCACACGUACCAACGGAGUAACGCACUGAUGUCUCAUCUCUGUAUGUAAUGUAGCCAGAAACAAUGGCAUCAAAUCCUAAAAGAACAUUUCCCUUUGGUGGCAAAACCCAAACGCCACCACAGAAAAAAACUAGGAGUAUAUUUGCACCAAAUCAAGAAAAUAAAUUGGAAAAUUCUGAUGCAAACAGCGAUGAUGAAGUUACUUCGCCAAAUAAGCCAAAAGAUCAAACAAAACAAACAUUUGGUAACAAAAAAAGCCAUGCACCUUUGGCUGAAAAAAUGAGGCCUAAUGAAUUAAGCGACUAUGUAGGGCAAUCGCAUCUUAUAGGACCAAAAACAUUGUUACAUGAUCUAUUGAGAAAUGGUGAGAUUCCAAGUAUGAUAUUGUGGGGACCACCUGGAUGUGGAAAGACUUCUUUGGUCAACGUGAUAAUGCAAGAAAGCAAAAAAUUGUCUGAUAUACCUGUGAAAUUUAUAAAACUAUCAGCUACUACUUCUAGUAUCAAUGAUGUAAGAAAAGCAGUUACAGAAGCAGAGAAUCAAGCUAAGCAAGGACGGCGCACUGUAGUUUUUAUGGAUGAGAUUCACAGGUUUAAUAAACUGCAACAAGAUAUCUUCCUACCUCAUGUAGAAGCAGGCACAUUCAUUUUGAUUGGAGCUACAACUGAGAAUCCAUCCUCGGGCUUAAAUUCUGCAUUGUUAAGCAGAUGCCGUGUAUUUGUCUUGAAAAAAUUACAGAAAGAGAAUUUAGUUUCCAUUCUUAUGAAAGCCAUUAAAAUGAUGGAUGGAGAAGUAGUAACAGAGAGUGAAAUAAUAAGCAAAGUUGAUUCCGAUACUAAAUUUUUUGUUGAACAAAAGAUUUUAGAAUGGUUAGCAGAAGCUUGUGAUGGUGAUGCAAGAGUUGCAUUAGGUGGAUUAGAAAUGACUGUUCAAGCGAGAGUAUCCAAUGCCAACAUAAGCUCAAAGCCUAUAAAAUUAAAUUUGAACGAUGUCAAACACAGUUUGGAAAAGGCUCAAUCUUUAACUGGCAAAAAAAGUGAUAAUAUUAGUCAGUUGUAUUCUGCACUUCAUCAUUCUAUUGUAGCAGAUGAAGAUAAUGCUGCAUUAUACUGGUUGGCAAGGAUAAUGGAUACUGGUGAAGAUCCUGUUUAUAUUGCAAGAAAACUAGUCAGAAUAGCAAGUGAAGACAUUGGUCUUGCAGACGAUUAUGCAUUGGAUACUGCUGUUCAUACCAUGAAUGCAUGCCAAAUGAUAGGAAUGCCAGAAUGUGAUGUAGUAUUAGCACAAUGUGUUGUUUAUUUAACGAGAGCAGAAAAAUCAAAAGAAGCAUCUAAUGCUUUAAAAAAAUCAAAAGACAUCAUAGAAAACCACAAGGGACCACAGCCGAAAGUUCCCUUAUUCAUAAAAGAUACGUCGGCACAGAAAAAGCUCAAAGCUACACUUGGGCCAAAUUUUAAAAAUAUUGUACGUGAAGAAAAUUUAAACAAAAAUCACUUACCUCAAGGUUUGGAGAACAUGAAUUUCUUUAACGAUGAAUAAAGCUUUGGAUUGAACUUGAACUGGCAGGUUAUCUUUUUGUAAAUAAAAAACGUGCCGUUCCGUUAGCGAUUCCAUUGUAUAUACAUUCCUUUUUACUUUCAUACUUUUAUUUGUGAUCAGCGAAAUACUUUUUGUAUAAAAACUCGAAUAAAAAACUGCGAAGCAACA